CACUAGACUACAGCGGACGACUUCAUCCAGCCCAGACUGCGCAUGCGCGUUAAACUCUCGGUUGCGGAUGUCUAUCCGAGCAUGCGCGUUGGCCUCGAGUUCUCGGGAGUGCGCGUGUGCGGAAGGUUCGCGAAAGUUCCCGAGCGGUUUGCCGGCGAUUUCCGGAAGAGGGCUCGUGCGUCGUGCGCGUCCGGCAGUGAUCGUCCGCCGUGCCUGCUGCUCGCUGUCAUGUCCGUGCUGUGCUACAACCGGGGCUGCGGACAGCGAUACGAGCCCGACAACAACACCGACGGUUCCUGCACCUAUCAUCCGGGGGUCCCGGUCUUUCACGAUGCUCUGAAGGGCUGGUCGUGUUGUAAGAGGCGGACGACGGAUUUUUCAGAUUUUCUCAGUAUUGCGGGCUGCACGAAGGGUUUACAUAGCAAUGAAAAACCCCCGGAACCUGUGAAGCCCGAGGUGAAAACAACGUCUGAAAAGAAAGAGUUGGCCGAAUUAAAGCCAAAGUUUAAUGAACACAUCAUCCAGGCACCGAAGCCUGUGGAGUGCAUUAAGAGACCCAGUGCCGACGAGCCCUUAUCCCGGUUACAGCUCAAGGUAUCGGCGUCUUUGAAGCAAGCGCUGGAUAAGCUGAAACUUUCCUCCGAGACUGAGCAGACAGUAACAGACGAAGAUCCAGGAGAAAUUAAAAUUGGAACCUCCUGUAAAAAUGGCGGCUGCUUAAAGACGUUUUCAGGAGCACAGAGCAAUGAAGAAGUCUGUCAGUAUCACACUGGGGUCCCCAUCUUCCAUGAAGGGAUGAAAUAUUGGAGCUGCUGUAAGAAGAGAACCUCAGACUUCAAUACAUUUUUAUCCCAGGAAGGAUGUUUUAAGGGAACACAUUUAUGGAUCAAGAAAGACGACGGUAAGAAGGUGGUUCCCUGCAGACACGACUGGCACCAGACUGGUAGCGGCGUCACCAUCUCAAUCUAUGCAAAGAACUCCAUACCAGAACAGAGCUAUGUAGAGGCCAAUAGCACACAGGUUAACAUACAGAUCGUGUUUGAUGGUGAGAAGGAAUUUCAGCAGAACCUACAGUUGUGGGGGGUUAUCGACGUGCACAAAAGUUACGUGAACCUAACUGCAACCAAGGUGGAGAUUUUCAUGAAGAAGGCCGAGCCGAUGACGUGGGCCCGGCUAGAUCUACCUCAACCCACCCCCCCACAGCAGAACGGCCCGGAGGAGGCGCAGGACUGACCCUGACCGGACAACGGGGUGACCCUGCCUCUUAGUAUUACUAAUUUUAAGUGAUUUGUUCUGAUAGCGAAGACUUGAGCGCCGCGCGUUUGUGGGGUUUAUUUUCUUAUCCAUUUCAUGUAGGCCUCGCAUCUAUUUUUCCCGUUGAGUCCAUUCCAUUCACUUGCAUGAGGCCCAUGACCAAAAAUUUAGUCCACAGAGAAGAUGCUGGUACAAUAGUAAAGCGGGCCAAUCCCCAAAGUAACCAAUCGAAAUGCCUGCAUCCGAAGUGGUCAUCAUUUCCUUUGCACCAGAUUUAUGAAUGCAACCACUUUAGUUUGGGCCUCUUUUAUAUUCUUUGAUAGCGCCCCUCUUGUCCACGGAUUGUAUCUUGUAUUGCAACUCAGCCCAAAUCAAUUGAAUGAUGUGUGAAGUGUCCCUGUCAUUAGGAAAAAACGUUUUAGCCCAGGGUCUGACCAUAGACCACAGAGAUGACCAUAGACUUCUAAUGAAGCUCAUCUUGUGCAGUGAGCCAAGGAGUAUGCCAAUCUCUCCUGCCCCCCUCCGGCAUGUUAGCAGAUGCAUGACUCCAAUUAAAGGUGUACUGCAGCCAGAAUUAACUUAUCCCUUAUCCACACGAUAGGGGAUAAGUAGCUGAUCGUGGGGGGUCUGACCGCUGGGGCCUGCUGUGAUCUCCUGAAUGGGAACCCCUUGUCUUACACUAGUUGGCACGCGCUCCAUUCAUUUUUAAUGGUGUGUAUGCGGUCUAGAGGUAGACGACAUGCUUCUGACUGCCGGACGGUGUCCCGUUUGAGAAAUCACGGGGGGCCCCAGCGGUCAGAUCCCACCCACUGUGAUCAGCUACUUAUCCCCCCUAUCCUGUGGAUAGGGGAUAAGUUAAGGCUGCAGUACCCCUUCAACGUAAAUGGGAGUUAUGCAAAUUGUGUAACUCUCCUCUGUCAGCUACAAAAGGGCCAGGAAUUCAUUGAGGUAGAUCAGAAUACCUCUUUUAAGGUAGGGUCACAUGUAGCGCACCCUCUGGAUACACUCAUAUCAGUCACUACCCCGAGCUCCCUGCUGCAGUCAGGUUGGCCCGUUUCUGCUCUGAGCAGAUCUGCUCUGAGCAGCCAGAGAGGGCUACACAGCGCAGCAGGGAGCUCUCUAUCAUAACUGGCAUUGGUGCAUCCACAGCGUGAAAUACGCUGUGGAUGCGCUGCGUGUAACACUACCUUUUAAGUGCAUAACCGUGGCACUUCUCCUUCCCCUUCUAGAGAUCGUGGGGGGGGGGGGGGGGGUUGUGACUGGGCCUCCUGGAUCAUGUGAAGGAUUUCACACCAUGGUCCCCAUGGUUUACAGCUAUGCCCCUGUCUCGAACCAAGCAAUCAAAACUUUUAACAUGUCUCUGCAACCAGUCAAGUGUUUGCAAAUGACAGCAACACUUUACAUUAACAGAGUUGAGCUGCAGUACCAGUUAUAGACAAGGGGAUGGGGGUGCUGUUUCUAGAGAGAAAAAAAAAUACGGCCCAUUUCUGAUCUUUGACAUCACCCUUAAUGUACUUCUAUGAGUUGAAGAUACUGUUUCUGUGAUGUUUGUUCCGUUCCAUGGAGGGUAUGUAUUUAUAUCUGUCCACCGAUCAGCCAUACAUCAAGCUGCCAUAUCCUGUAUGAUCUGAUACCAUCCGCAACUAUUUCAGAAGUUUGCCCUAGUAUCGGAACCUGUCGGGCUAACCUUCAGGAAUUGACUGUUUACUGUCUAAUACAGUGCUUUCAAACCAGUGUGCCUCCAGCUGUUGCAAAACUACAAUUCGCAGCAUGCCCGGACAGCCUUUGGCUGUCCGGGCAUGCUGGGAGUUAUAGUUUUGCAGUAGCUGGAGGUACACUGUUUGGGAAACACUGGCCUAAUCUCUCCCACUCCUGACAGGCGCCAUUGUUAACAAUGAAUCUGUUAUUACCUUUACCUUGUUUUAAUGUUAUGGCUGGUCGGUGUAUAUUCCGUAAUGUAGUCAUCCUCCCUCAUCACAUAUUUUUAUUUUUUUUAUGCAAAAUUCCCAAUUUCAUGUUUGAAGCAAAUCUUUCAAUGCUGUUCAGCCCUAGAGAAUGUGUAUAUAUAUUAUAAAGCUGUAUUUUCCAUCAUCACAUAAACAUUGUAUAUAAUUUUUUUUUAUUAUUAUACGUAUAUAUUGUGCAUCAAAGAAGGUGGCGUGAUAGAGCCGGUCCUGUAUCUGCUAGUUUAACCCUUAAAGGGGUACUCCACUGGAAAACAUUUUUUUUCAACUGGUGCAAGAAAGUUAAACAGAUUUGUAAAUUGCUCCUAUUUAAAUAUCUU